UUAUAUCAGCUGACUCUGACUAGUUUGUACAAAAGGAGCGAACUAUAGUUCAUUUACUGACAUUGGUUGAACGAAUUUCGUUCUAGCUUUUUUUCGGCAGAACAAUUUAGGCAUUAAGAACUACUGACGAAGUUCAAGAAGUAAUUUUUAUAUUAAGUUUUACCAAAGGUAUUUGCAAUAACGGCCAGUAGUGAAUAUUAACCGGCAGAAGCCAACCGGUUUACUCCGAUUUUUUAAAUUUUUAUCUCUGUUCUUGCAUUCUUGUCCAGUUUCCCGAAAAGGUUGAAUUCUUUCGUGUUUAUCAGCAUUUGUACUUUGAAUACUUAGAAUCAACGCAUCGUCUUAUUAUGGCUGUUCCACCAACUCUGGAAAAACUUUUCAGUUACGUUGAUGCACACAAGGCAGACUACAUAAAAACCCUAGGAGAAGCAAUAAGCAUUAAAUCCGUCUCAGGAUGGCCAGACAAAAGAGAUGAGGUGAUAAAAAUGAUGAAAUGGGCAGAGCAAAAGAUAAAAGAUUUAGGCGCUACAACUGAACUAGCAGAUAUUGGUACACAAAACAUACCAUCAGGAGCGGAAAUUCCCUUGCCACCUGUUUUGCUCGGCCAACUUGGAACCGAUCCAAAGAAAAAAACUGUUCUUAUUUAUGGACAUCUGGAUGUUCAGCCUGCUUUAAAAGAAGAUGGCUGGGAUACAGAGCCCUUCACUCUUGUCGAAAAAAAUGGAAAACUUUACGGAAGAGGAAGCACGGACGAUAAGGGACCCGUUCUUUGCUGGAUUCAUGCACUGGAAGGCUAUCAGGCUUUAGGAAUUGAUAUUCCUGUCAAUAUUAAAUUUAUCUUUGAAGGAAUGGAAGAAAGUGGAAGCGAAGGAUUGGAUGAACUUCUCUACGCUCGUAAAGAAACUUUCCUUAAGGAUGUCGAUUACGUUUGCAUUUCCGACAAUUACUGGCUCGGAACAACUAAGCCCUGCAUUACUUAUGGCCUUCGAGGAGUUUGCUACUUCUUUGUGGAAAUUAAAUGCGCCGAAAGAGAUUUGCACAGCGGAUCUUUCGGCGGUGCGAUUCACGAAGCUAUGGCUGAUCUUGUUUAUCUCAUGAAUUCCUUGGUUGAUUCAAAGGGAAAAAUUUUGGUCAAUGGAAUCUACGAUAGUGUAGCCGAAAUGUCCGAAACUGAAGUGAAGUCCUAUGAUCAGAUUGAAUUUUGUAUGGAUGAAUUCCGCAAUAGCGUUGGCUGUGCGAAGUUAGCUCACGAAGAUAAGAAACAAUUACUGAUGCACCGUUGGCGGCAACCAAGUCUCUCCCUUCAUGGAAUCGAGGGAGCUUUUAGCGAACCUGGAUCAAAGACUGUAAUUCCGGGAAAAGUCGUUGGUAAAUUCUCGUUGAGAAUCGUUCCGAACAUGACGCCCCAGGAAGUGGAGCAGAAGGUAAAAGCUCAUCUUCAACAGCAGUGGACAGCCAGGAAUAGUCCGAACAUUUUGAAAAUAUCUAUGGAUCAUGGAGGAAAGGCUUGGACUGAGAACCCGGAUCAUCCGAAUUAUUUUGCAGCACGAAAAGCCACGAAACACGUUUAUAAAGUCGAUCCUGACUUGUCCCGUGAAGGUGGAUCCAUUCCCGUGACUUUAACUUUCCAGGAGGUUACUGGCAAGAAUGUUCUACUUUUGCCAGUCGGUGCUGGUGAUGAUGGUGCGCAUUCUCAGAAUGAGAAGGUGGAUGUUCGCAAUUAUAUCGAAGGGACAAAAUUGCUUGGAGCUUAUUUGUAUGAAGUCUCUCAACUUUAAGAAGAACAGGCAGAGUUUCAUUUGAAUACAAAUAUAGGUAAUGUUUAUACGAAUCUUGCAGUAUUCAAGAAAACCAUGUGAUCGAAGAUACAGACUGGUUUAAAUUUGGUAUGGAUAUAUUAUUUUUAACGUUUUAUACACAAUUUUAUAAGAGGUGCGGAAAUUAAAGUUGAUUAAAAUAGA